GUUGACAGCUAAUAAAGUGUUUUCUGUUUACACAGAUUCUGAUCACAUGAAGUGCAAUCUGUUUUAAACGAAAAAGAAGUAUAUUAAUCAACAAUUGUACAGAUUACAAUAAUCGAAAUAAACAUGAAAAGUGUUUUAAUGGUUGCAGAAAAACCCUCUCUAGCUGCUUCGCUAGCCACUAUUCUCAGCAAUGGAAAGUCUUCAUCCAAAAAAGGUUCUUAUAACUCUUGUUCAACUUAUGAAUGGGAUGGGCACUUUCGCACGGAAAAUGUUCGUUUCAAGAUGACAUCGGUUUGCGGACACGUUAUGUCCCUAGAUUUUGUUGGCAAAUACAAUUCAUGGGAUAAAGUUGACCCAGUCGAGUUAUUCUCCUGUCCUACUGAAAAAAAAGAAGCUAAUUCUAAACUUAGAAUGCCAGCAUUCCUUGCCCAGGAAGCAAAGGGAUGUGACUACCUCGUGUUAUGGCUGGAUUGUGAUAAAGAGGGUGAAAACAUUUGCUUCGAAGUAAUGGAUGCUGUUUCUCGUUCCAUUAAAAAUGUUUAUAGUCGCAGUGUUACUUACCGAGCACACUUUUCUGCCAUUACCGAAAAAGACAUUAAAAACGCUAUGGCAACUUUAGGCCACCCCAAUGCAAAUGAAGCGAAAUCGGUUGACGCCCGUCAAGAAUUGGAUUUGCGCAUAGGGUGUGCUUUUACUAGGUUCCAAACAAAGUUUUUUCAAGGAAGAUAUGGUGAUUUAGAUGCAUCGCUUAUAUCUUAUGGGCCUUGUCAAACGCCAACCCUUGGAUUCUGCGUUAAGCGACAUGAUGACAUUCAAACAUUCAAGCCGGAAGCUUUUUGGUACUUAAAGUUACACGCUGGAACUCCUGAAGUUGAGCUUGAUUGGACAAGAGGAAGAGUAUUCAAGAAAGAGGUUGCUUCAAUGUUAUUGAGCAAAGUAAAGGAAAUGAAAGAGGCAUUAGUAGAAAGUGUAUCGUCCAAGGAACAGUUCAAAGGACGACCUCAAGCAUUAAAUACAGUCGAACUGAUGAGGGCAGCUAGUUCAGGCUUAGGUAUUGGGCCAUUCCAAGCUAUGACAAUAGCUGAGCGUUUGUAUACACAAGGUUACAUUAGUUACCCACGCACGGAGACAACACAGUACCCCACAAAUUUUGAUUUACAUGGCGUUCUAAAAGUAUUGACUUUUUCGUCAGAAUUUGGAGAAGAAGCUAAAUCAAUUUUAUCUGAUUUUAAUAACCCACGCAAAGGAAAAGAUUGUGGUGACCAUCCACCGAUAACUCCAAUGAAAUUAGCCGAACGUGGUGACUUCGAAAAAGAUACUUGGCGCAUUUAUGAUUUUAUCUGCCGAUACUUUCUUGGGACCGUGUCAAGAGAUUUAAAAUACAAAACAACAACAGCAAAACUGAGAGUAGGUUUGGAAACGUUUUCCAGCACUGCAAAUGUACUUAUAGAUCCGGGUUUUACAAAAGUUAUGACAUGGCAAGCAUUUGGACGAGAUGAAUCGAUUCCACCAUUUGUGCAAGGCGAAAUGGUCCAGAUAAAUGACGUUAGCAUGGGUGAGUCUCAAACUGGCCCUCCAGAUUAUUUGACUGAAUCUGAAUUGAUAACGCUGAUGGAACAACAUGGCAUCGGAACAGAUGCUUCAAUACCUGUUCAUAUAAAUAAUAUUUGUCAAAGAAAUUAUGUAAAAAUCGAGAGUGGCAGGAAGUUAAUACCUACAACUUUGGGUAUAGUCUUGGUGCAUGGAUAUCAAAAGAUCGAUCGUGAACUAGUUCUUCCAACCAUGCGUUCCGAAGUCGAGCGAAUGUUAACUUUGAUUGCAGAGGGAUCGGCCGAUUUCAAUGCGGUAUUGAAACAUGCAGUCGAAAUAUUUCGUUUAAAAUUCUUGUAUUUCGUGCAAAACAUAUCGAAUAUGGACAUCUUAUUUGAAAUGUCUUUCUCCCCGCUGGCGGAGUCAGGGAAAGCACACUCAAGAUGUGGCAAAUGCAGAAGAUAUAUGAAAUAUAUUCAAACAAAACCUGCUCGACUUCAUUGUUCUCAUUGCGACGAAACAUAUUCUCUUCCGGGAAAUGGCAAUAUUAAGGCUUAUCGUGAAUUAAAAUGUCCCCUAGAUGACUUUGAACUUUUGGCGUUUUCAAGUGGUACAAAAGGACGUUCUUAUCCACUUUGUCCGUAUUGCUACAAUAAUCCACCAUUUAGAGAUAUGCCUAAGAACUCUGGUUGUAAUUCAUGUACCCAUCCGACGUGCCAACAUUCCCUAUAUACUCUUGGGAUUUCUAGCUGUGUUGAGUGUGAGAAUGGAAUUUUGGUGUUAGAUUGCACCAACACUCCAAGUGCUUGGAAAAUAGGUUGCAACAGAUGUGAUGUUAUAAUCAAUGUUUUUAGGGGUGCAUUGAAAGUCACAGUAGAUGAAAAUCGUUGUGAAUGUGGGGCACAGUUGGUGACCGCUCAGUAUAAGCCGGAAAAGAGCCGUUUUAAGGAUUGCCACGAAAAAACUGGUUGUGUGUUCUGCUCUGUAGAUUUUUCACCCUUGGUCGAAAAGCAUCGUGCAAUUGCUGCCCGCCCAGUCAAUAUUCGUGGAGGUCGGGGUGGUGGGCGAGGUGCCAUGAAAGGAGGUCGUGGUGCUAGUGGUGGGAAUCGAGGAAGAACCAAGCAACCAAAAGAUAAAAUGGCGCAAUUAGCAGCAUAUUUCGUGUAAUUAUCGAGUAAUAUAAACAACAUUUACCAACAUUUAGGUUUUAAUUAUUUUUCCUAGAAAUCAUAUAUGGCUACAAUAUGCAUGCUAGUUAUUUAAUAUGAAACAAUUGUGUGAAUUAUACUUACAUAUAUUAUAAUAAAAAUAUCAUAGUUGAAAA